CCGCCUGGGGAUGGCGCAUGCGCGGCGCGUUCCCGCCGAGGUCUCAUGAAGAGCUGCACCUGAGAGUGCCGGGUUGCCGCCGCGGUGCCGUCGCGGUUUCUUGUCACGCGCGGGAUGAUGCUUCUGGCGCUGGGCGGCCUGUGGGCGGCCGGACUGCGGCUUGGCGGGAAGAGGACAGCGCCGUGGGCGGCCACCGCGUUCCGAGGCCCUUGGGCGGCCGUCUCCGGCGCGGCCUCCUGUAGAGUCUCCACGGGGCGAGUCCUCGGCGGGGGCGCGGGGCUGUCGGCAGCCGCGCGGCUACUUCCCUGUCGGGUGCGAGCGCAGAUACCUGUUUGUUGGGAAAGAUGUGUUCGAUGUUUACAUACACAACUUGAAAAAUCAGAAGAUGGAAGGCUGAUUUAUACCGGGAAUCUGGCCCGAACAGUAUUUGGUGUGAAGUGUUUUUCUUACUCUACAAGUCUGAUCAGCCUUGCAUUUCUACCAUACAUUUUUGCACAAAAUAAUAUUAUAUUUGGGAGUCUGCCUUUGCAGAUCUUAUUUUAUGGCAUCAUAGGAAGCUUUACAGUGAUCACUCCAGCACUGCUUCACUUUCUUACAAAAGGCUACGUCAUUCGGUUGUACCAUGAGGCCACGACAGACACUUACAAAGCCAUUACUUAUAAUGUUGUGCUUUUGGAAACAAGUACAGUAUUUCACCAGGAUGACGUGAAGAUUCCAAACAGCACACAUGUGUUUACCACAUUUUAUGCUAAAACAAAAUCACUGUUUGUUAAUCCAGCGCUCUUUCCAAACCCUGAAGACUAUAACCAUCUAAUGGGUUAUGACAAACCAUUCACCUUUGAUGUGGAAGAAGCCAGUGAAAAGAAACAGCUUAAAGAAGAGAAAUGAGUCUGUCAUUUUUAUGUUUGUGCUUAAAUGUGAUUUAUAUCCCAAUAUAUAAUAAUCGCCGUUACUUUGAUGUUUGUUAGUGACUGAUUGUUAAAAAAAUAAUUUGAAAUUGUAUCAAACAGAACUUUUAAUUUCCAAAGAAUUAGUGUUCCUUUGUAAUAAAAGUUAUGUUUGAAAAACAAAACAUAAUACUCUACCAUUUGUGUUAAAAGGGUGUGAAAAUACAUGUAUAUGCUGACUAUGCAUGGUUACUAUUAUAUAAUAAGUGUGAUUGCCUUUCAUCUGGGGACUGGAUGUCAGAAGCAAAUGGGAAAGUUAUUUUUCCUUUGUUUCUAAGGGUAUAGAUAUUACCUUUUCCCACAUUAAAAACUUAAAAAAUUUUGUAAGUUAUGGGAAACUGUUAAACUACUUCCUUUGGCUCAGAGCACAGGUUUUUGCCUGUCUUCUCUGGCAUGGCUGCCCAUAUUAAAGAUCUCCAUGUCCAGUAGGGUGUGGUUAGCUCUAGGGGAAACGGUGACCUAAGUAGUGUCAUGUUUAGUGGUUUCGUUAGUCCUGCCGUGUGCCCUCUCCUCUGGUACACCCUA